AUGAAUAAAAUUACGGGCGCUUGUUUCGUGCUGUCGAUGGUGCUACUGCUGGUGCAUUACGCAUCUGCCGAGCAUAAGAAGCCGGACGAGAAACUCACGCGAAUUGAUAAUGUGGACGGGGACAUGAUGAAACCGCUGCAUGAUAUCCUAGGCGAGCUGGAUGGCUUGAGAAUCCGAAGAGCCGCUCAGGGUGGAAGUGGCGGACAGGGAGGUCAGAGUGGUGGUGGUGGUGAUGGUAAUGGAGGGCGCCGUGGACCUCCAAGUGGCGGCCAGGGACAGCGUGGCGGACAGGGUGGACAGGGCAGUGGUGAAAACUAA